AUGAAGUUCAUAGUGAUCUAUUUCGUCUUACUUGUUGGUUUAUAUGUCAAUGGUGAUGAUUCUAACUUUGAUGAAGAUGAUCAUCGAACCGGUUUAUUUCGUCCACGUAUUGCUCGAUCUGCCUGUCCUAAUGAAAAUCAUUGUCGUUCAAAAUGGGGCUACUGUGGAACAGGGUUAGAUUAUUGUGGUGCUGGUUGCCGGGGAGGUGGCUCAAUAGGACAGAUCAAUGCUCACAACUUUGCAUGUGUAUUCAGAGAUCUUGAUGCGGGAACUCGCAAUCAACGCUUCCGGGGUCUGCAAGCAACGGGAUGGAAAGCAGCAAACGCCGAAGAAGCUGCUAUAUUUCUUGCUCACGUUUAUCAUGAGACACAUGGUCUGAGAACUAUUAGAGAAUAUUGUGCACCAGACUGUGGACAUGCGUAUCAAGGUGGUCCGUCAAGUUGGUGUAAAACAACAGGUCCACCAGGAAAACUUUAUUAUGGUCGUGCUGGUAAAGCACUUGGUGUUGAUCUUUUAAGUAAUCUAGACUUAGUAGAAACCGAUAGUAAGUUAGCCGUGAGCACAGCUCUCUGGUUUUACAGAACACAAGGUAUGGCUGAACCAGCUCGACGCGGUGAUUUUGCCGCUACAACACGUAUUAUCAAUGGACCACUGGAAUGUAAUGGUGGAUCUGGUUAUAGUCAUCAAUUGGGUCGAGUAAAAAACAUAUAA